CUAUAUUUAUAUUCGCGACCGACUUGUCCCUUGUCUUGUCUCUGAUUUAUAUAUUUAAAACUAGCAGAACCAAUCCACUACUAGACCUAAAUUGAACUUUUAUUGGAAAGUCCCUUUUAAUAAUACAAAAAAAGGACUAAACAUGUAUCAAUUCGAAGUAAAAGUUGAAUGCUUUUGUGUUGGUAUUGGUAUUACUGUUUAAAAUUUACAAGGUCAAUUGUUUUGUUUAUAUACGACACAUUCUAAUUUACGAAUAUUAUUAUUGUAUAUUGAUUAAUUGAUAAAGUAAGAAUCAAUUAAAAUAAUAUACCCCUAAAUUUGUAUAGCCCUUACAUGGACAGAUAUUUCAGACGUGGGACUGUUCUGAAAUUAGGUUAUUAUGAAUUAUACAAUUUUCUUCACCUAGGAAAAAUUUAAAUGAAAAAGUGUUCAAUUGCUUCGAAUAUUAUUAUCGAGAAUCUAAUCUAAUAUAGAAUGUCACUAAAAAUAAAUUUCGAAAUUGGACAUGAAGCUACUUUAAGAACAAAAAAUACUCCAGAAGGAUUUACUCAUGACUGGAAAAUUUUUGUUCGAGGAUGUGAUGGUGCAAACAUUCAUUAUUAUGUAGAAAAAGUAGUUUUCUACUUACAUGAAACGUUUCAAAAACCCAGAAGAGUAAUCAAGGAACCACCAUACUCAGUGAAGGAAUCAGGAUAUGCUGGUUUCAUUAUUCCUAUCGAAGUGUACCUUCGAAAUAGUGCUGAACCUAAAAAGAUUAAGUUCAGCUAUGAUUUAUCCCUACAAAGGACAGGGCCACCCCUUCGUAAAGUCAGGAAAGAGAAGUAUAUUUUUACUUCACCACCUGAAGACUUCAAAGAAAAAUUGCUCAGAGGUGGAGCUAUUGUAACCAGUAAUUCUCAGGAAAUAAGUGAAAAUAAAUCUAUACUACAUGAAGAAAAGAAUCAGUUAAUAGGUAAACCAAAAUUGAGUGGAGAAUCACCAUCUAAAAAACCUAAGGUGGAAACAGCCACAUCAAAUAGUUUUCAAGAUUUAUUUGGAACACCUAUAACAAAGACAUCCAAAGUACAAGAUCCGAAAGUUUCAACACCAUCAAAAGAGAACAAAACCAUCGUUAAGUCUGAUAAAGAUAGAGCCUCUGAUAAAACAAAAAAUAAACAUAGUCCCCACAAAGAGAAAGAAAAAGACAAGGCAGAAAAAAAAGAUAAAAAAGAAGAAAAAAAAAAGGAUAAAGAGAGAAGAGAUAAGGAUCGAGACAAAAAUAAAGAAAAGAAUUCAAAAAUGGAGAGAUCUCCAAAAGUAAGAUCACCUAGUCCAAAAAAUCCUUCUCCAAAACCAAGCAGUCCUCAACCAACUCAGAGCACAUCUGCUGAGAAGUAUCGUGAAAAAGAUAACAAAAAUGAGAAAGAAAAGAAAGACAAAGGGGAUGAAGAAGAAAAAAGAAUUAAAAAAGAGAAAAAAGAAAGAGAAUCAAUAAGAGAAAAGGAAAAACAUCGGGAUAGAGGUGAAUCGAAACAUAAAGAAAUGAGAAUUAAAGAAGCUUCAUUACCUGAAGAGUCUGCUGCAGCUCCAGGAUUACUUGCUGAAUCAGAAAUGAAAGAAAAUAAACAAGAAAAAAAAGAUAAUCAAAAAGAAGAUGAGAAACCAAAAACAGAAAGAGCAGAUAAAUCUGAAGAAAAAAAACAUAAGCAUAAGAAAAGGGAUAAGCACAAGAAGGAAAGGAAAGAUGAGGAUGAAAAAACAACUAAAGUACCUGAAAGAGUAGAGGAGGAACAGGACCAAUUUAAUCACACUGAUCAAUUAUUUUCUAAUGCCUCAAGCCAGUCUUUGGUAAUUGAUACGUCAGAAAGCAAUAAUUUGUUUGGUAGUGAUGAAAAUUUGGAGCAAACUUCAGCUCCCCGUUGCCCAAUACAUAGUGAAGAGGCUAUGGACAUACCCUCACUACCACCGUCAUAUGUAGAAUCCUCAGGUUCAUCACCUAUUAUUAUGGAAGAAGACGAUCAAGAAAUACUUGAAGGUGAACACGAUAGCCCAAGAAAGAGAAAAAGACCAGAUUCUGACAUAGAAGAAUCUCCUGCAAAGUUGAGAAGAGCAGAAAAGGAACCAUUGUCUGGUGAAGAAGAUGAGAGUGAAUUUGAUGAGGUUGGUAAAGGGAAUAGGUCAUCACCUGAUGAUGGUUUAACAUCACCUGAAAUCGACAUGAAUAAUAGAUACAGCAAAGGACACUCAGAUGAAGAAUCAUAUUCAAAUAUAGAUGCAGAAACUUUUACCAAAUUGUGUGCUCUUAAAGAACGAAUUAUGUUGGUGACAGACAAUGAUCGACUCCAAGAGAUAGUGGAGGUUAUCUCUGAUACAGGCCUCUAUGGGGUAUCUAAAACUUUUGAUUUUGAUCUGGGCGAGAUGGAUCAGAACACUGUCGAAAAACUGCAGGAAAUGUUACCUCCACUCCCAUCACCACCACCACCACCUGAAGAAAUAUAUGAAGAAGAAGAAGAGGAAAUUGUAGAAGAGGAAGAGGAGGAGGAAGAAGAAUUUAUUUAAUAAACUUUAGUCAAACAUAGAUGUUAAUGAUGAUAUAAAAAUAGUUUUGUUUUUAUUGUACCUGUUUAGUAUCUUAGUAUGAUGAUUUGAUCCACCUCACCUCAAUUCUCUUUACCAUGACCUCAAUAAUUCUAUGUACAUGUUGGAAAUUUUAUCGUGUAUAGCCUAAUCGUUUAUUUAUGAUGUUACAUAUUUUCUUUUUUCAAUGUUGCAUAUUUCCUUUUUUUGAUGUUGCAUAUUUCUUUUUUAAUGUUGUAUAUUUUUUUUCUUAUUUCUCUUUCAAUAAAGAUCUACUCAUGUAUUAUUUAA